CUGCUCAUCCUCCUCGCCUCUCCCAUUCCACUGCUCCGUGCGGGACAGUCUUCGUUAGGGCAGUGUGCGUUGGGACAGAGCGGAGGGUGCACGCCCACAGCUGAAAACCCUCAAGGACAUUGCCGAGUUUUUUCGCAGGGGAGCUAUCAAUGGAAAGAGUUGCCAUGACGACCAGGGCGGUGACGGUGUCUCUGCUGAUGUGGCUCUACCUCAGUCAGCCUGCUGCGGUCGCUAGCUCGGAGGCUAACGCCGCGGAGUCCAAACAGACCAACCAUCACCACGGCGGCAACCGGAUCACAACGGCGCAGUACGAGUGCUUCCAGAGGAUACUGAAGGAGUCCCACCCCCAAACAGGCCCGAUGUGCAACAGAACCUGGGAUGGGUGGCUCUGUUGGGACCAGACGGAGGCCGGCUUCACCACAGAGCAGUUUUGUCCGGACUACUUCGAAGACUUUGACCCUAAAGCGAUGGCGUCCAAGGUGUGUACGGACGAGGGCCAGUGGGGGCGCCACCCCGAGAGCAGCCGGACCUGGACCAACUACACCACCUGCAAGACCCACACGGUGCAGGGUCACAAGACUGCGGUGAACCUCUUCUACCUGGCUCUGCUUGGUCACGGCCUGUCUCUGACCUCACUCCUCAUCUCCUUGGCGAUAUUCUUCCACUUCAAAACUUUAAGCUGCCAGAGGAUCACACUCCACAAGAACCUGUUCUUCUCCUUCGUGCUGAACUCGGGCAUCACCAUCAUCUGGUAUACCACGGUGAACAACCACAACGACCCCAUGCAGAGUAACACCGUGAGCUGCAAGGUGAUCAUGUUCAUCCACCUCUACCUGAUGACGUGUAACUACUUCUGGAUGCUGUGUGAGGGCAUCUACCUGCACACGCUCAUCGUGGUGGCCGUGUUCGCAGAGAAACAGCAUCUGUUGUGGUACUACCUGCUGGGAUGGGGUUUCCCGUUGGUUCCAGCCCUGAUUCACGCGGUGGCCCGGUACUGCUAUUACAACGACACCUGUUGGAUCCGAUCGGACACGUCACUGCUCUACAUCAUCCACAGUCCCAUCUGUGCUGCAUUACUGGUAAACUUAUUCUUCCUGCUCAACAUCGUGCGCGUGCUCAUCACCAAGCUGAAGGUGACCCACAAGGCGGAGUUCAGCCUCUACAUGAAGGCCGUGAGGGCCACCCUGAUCCUCAUCCCCCUCCUGGGCAUCCAUUUUGUCCUGUUGCCCUACAAGGGCCCCUCUGAGGUGUACCAGUACGUCAUGAACAUCUUCAUUCACACCCAGGGUCUUCUAGUGGCCACCAUAUUUUGCUUCUUCAACGGAGAGGUCCAGACGGUCCUACGGAGACACUGGAACCAGCAGCGCAUGCAGUUCGGCGGCACCUUCGCCAACGCCGACGUCUUCCGCUCCGCCUCCUACGUGGCCUCGUCCCUGACGGAGGUGCACCGCUGCUACAGCAUCGAGAGCCACACCGAGUACCUGAACGGGAAGAACUACCAGGACAUCCAGACGCCCGUGCACACCAUCCACAGAUCGGACAUGCCCUUCGCCUGAGCCACCGGCCACCGCAGCCCCGACGACCACCCUCCCAAAAAAAAAACGUCCAAUCAGAGACUCAGACUCCAUGUUUAGAUAUCUAAACCAAUCAAUCACAGGGUGGAGUUACCGUUCCUGUGAAGAUUGGUGCGUCAAGAGUCAUGGCGGCCAGCUCCCACCUGUGUACUUGAAGACGCGUGGGAAAUUUGUGUCUCGAAACAACGUCACACUUGGGUCAGAAUCGACAUCAGCGGGAGACAUUGCGUGAAUUAUUUGACAUAUUCCUUUAUAUUUUCCAUCCCGACGCUUCACCUAAGGCCUGCCUCAAUGAUCACAGAGCCUGGGAGGGUUUCUGAGGGAGAUAUUCAAGAUAAUUUGAGUCCAAUGUCUCGGUUCCUAUAGUCAGAAUAAAAGUUUGUAAAUAUUCACAUGCUCUAGAACAGACACACUGAAGUGAGAAGCCGCAAAUCAGCUCAUCGAAUGGAGCUAGCCUGCUUCCCGUAUUGGGGAUCGAAAGCAUCUACUGUAAACCCAACACUGGAUUUUAACUGGACAGAUGUCUACCCUUGGAUUCUUGGAUUAUUGGGGGUUACGCAGGGCGGAACCUUCAAACAGUGCACAGAAAAGAAAAAAUAAUGUCUCAAUAACUACUUAUAUUGGAUUAUUUGAAAGGUCACAUGGGUAACAAAUUCAGGCAGGUCCCUGAUCGGUAUGCAGAUAGAUAAAUACAUUUAGGAAGUAAAUAUGAAACAUGAAAAUACAGAACAUUUAUUUUCGUUUUUUUUUAUUGACUUUCCCUUUAUUUAUUUCUAUGUGACUUUACAAAUGCUCUAAUAAUAUCAGACACUCGUGAUAACUAUUUAUGCGUUUGUUUAAUGACUAAUUUGUUUUUUGGACGUGGUCAGCCCUACAUAGUCUAACACUGACCCCCGUCGUACAGGAAGAGAAAUUAAACCAUUUAUGUUCCUAUAUAUCCUUCCAGGAACACUUAGCAGGGCGUGGGUAGUUUUCAACAUAUCAUUGUCCAUAUCUGCCCGUUUUACUUCUGAGAACAAUAAUCAUGGAAUACUAAGUCAACUGGGACGGCUAACGGCCAGCUAAAAGAUAUUAUUUUGUAUUUGAAAUAUGCAUAUGUUUUAUGUUAGUGAAAGCAAUGAAUACAAUCAUUACUGUAUUAAAAUCACUGAAAUAAUAUAAAAGCAUCAAAUUUGUGAGAACUUUAUAUGUCAAAUGACAAUCCAAUUCCCAACUGAUUCCAUAUUAGUUUGAGUUAUUCCAAGAUGUAUCCUUAUACUUAUAGCAGUUAUACACAAUGGGACAAGUGGACAAUAUAGUGAAUAUGGAAAUAGAAAAGAGACAUGCACAGAUGCCCAAUAUUUAUUAUUUUUUUCCAAAAUUCCAAAAUUCUGGAACAGUGCCAGUGAAAACAACAGGAGGUAAUGGAGAGUGGGACUUUGUGUCUAAUGCAAUUCCUUAGGGAUAGCCGUACUGGGAGCUAACAAAAUAAAAGUCCUCAUGUAGCGAUAGCAUAUUCUGGGAGCUAACAAAAUAAAAGUCCUCAUGCAGCGAUAGCACAUUCUGGGAACUAACAAAAUAAAAGUCUUAAUGUAGAGAUAGCACAUUCUAGGAACAGAAUGAACAGUGGCCGGCUAAUCUUUCAAAUAUCUUUUAAAUUCCUCUUAUUGUUAUAAUCACAGCAAAAUAGAAACUACGAACACGGAUUGAAUAAGUGCAGAUCAAAUCAUGUGUCGAUGCGUCAACAAACACUUUUACAAUAACUAAAUUCCCAUUAACGAAGUCCAUGUUGGAUGUUGUUACUGACG